AUGAGUACAACAGAGAUCAACAACGCUUCCCUCAAUCCCGUUGUUUUCCCAAGUUCUUAUCAAAGAACGAAACUCCUGAAUGUAUUAAAGCCCAUGGCUGUCAUGCCUUCCCGUAUGAUUACUUUUAUGGACGUAACAGCAAGAAAGGUAAAGCUUUUGUCCGUGAAUGGAAACUCUAUCGCUGUAGAGGUGAUUUCUGGUUCAAGUCUCGAUGAACGGGCUGAUGACGCCACGGCUUCUUUUAGUCGACCAACUUCAUGUUGCACAGAACUUGAUAUCAUCUUCGUCUGCGACCCGGCCACUGAAAUGGUAAGGAUGUUUGCUAGGCCGGCUGGUCUGUUGGCAUAUAUCGAGAAGCUAAACACGUUUUGGAGGGUAUUUGGUGUAGGCCUACGUGAUGAGUCGCGAAGUCAAGUUCCCAGAAUCCCACCUUAA